GGCAGCUGCUCUACACGACCCACUUACUUUAUUCUGGAUCUUGAGACGGCGUUCUGAGCAGCGGCUCGCAAACGUACUCCUGUUUCAGAUGUCAGUUGUAUCUCCGAGGACAAGCUCUUCUUUUCAUCUUGUGCUCAGAAGAUGUUCUUCGCAAUCGGAAACGUAGCCGUGGAUACUUCGGUCAGUUGUGUGAUUCAGUGAAUGCUAUAUAGUUCGUGUAUAUCUGAUUCUUUUUGAAUUCUGCGUUUAUAAAAGAAGGGAAUUCACAAUAAUGGAAUAAAUCGUUAAGAGUUGAACAUCGCGAAUGUUUAAAUCAAUGGUUUUAUUAUUGUUCAGAUUAGAUAUGAAACACUUUGCAUUAACUAUUUGCUUAUAGAGAUUUUAAUUUAGUUUCAUGACUUCUGUUUUUAUGAAACAGCUCUUAAACGGAGAAGUCAUUUAUUGAACUCUUAGACAACGAAUGUUUCAAAGUUAUAACUUUUUCUGCAAAAUGAAGAAUUGUAUAAUUUAUCAUUCGACGAUGCGCUGGAUACUUGUAACUGUUAUGGCUUUUAUCUUAACUUCUGUUAGUUCUGAAAAUUCUGAGUCUUUGAGCGUUGAAGAUAUUGUCAAAGGACUCCAAACAGAGUUGAAAGAAUUACAGAAAGUUCGACAACAAGACAGUGAAACUAUUCGGAGAUUAGAAGAGAAAGUACAACAUUACGCCCCGACAUCUUCGCCAAAUGAAGAUUCAGCUUCUGAAUUCGUGAGACUGACAGAGGCUUUCUCGGGAAUGGCUGGGAAAGAAGCAUGGAGGAAUGUAAAGGCAAUGAACCAUGAUGCGACUCAGGUGCAGGGUAGGGACUCGAAAGAGAUGACUUCAGGCCGUCAUCUCCGUACCCUUCUGUCAUCUUUAUUGACAGCCUCUGAAGCAGUUGAAGAUCACGAACCGGAACUCAGAACCGAUGCAAUGUUUUUAAGUCAAGAAUUGUUCCGGCUUCGGAAGCAGGUAGAAGAAAGUGAAGCUCGGCGGAAGAAGGAAGAGUUGGCAUCAUCCGGCAGAAUUGCUGUCCGGUGGCUUCAGAGGACAGUCGAAAACUUACGUCAUGAAAUGAGGGAGAUGGCGUCAUCUCUUAAUAUGAGUGCUACUUUGGCAGAAAGAGAGAAGACCAAAACAAGCUUGACUCUUAUGCGGUCAGAUAUGGUUGCUCUUGGACAUCGCAUGGAUAGUGUCCGAGUGGAUCGCGAAAGAAAUGCUGCUCUUAUACAGCAACUGAGGCAAGAUAUGGAUGAACUGAGAACCAGACUUCAGGAGUCUGCUGCAGGACAGCAAAGAAUUUUAGUUGAGAUGGAUGCUUUGAAAGAAGAGUUUAAAGAACAGAUUUUGCUUUCUCAGAAGAGGAGUUUAGAAAUAGCAAAUCAUAGAGACUCUAGCCGAGAAAACAGAACAGAUGAAAAUCAUCACCCAAGACUUCGCCAUGGACACUGGAAAGCAGAAGUAGAUCAUUUGCAAGACAUCAUAGAUAAUCUUGAAAACAGACAAAUAGAUCUUUUGGAGCAAGUGCAAGAUAUAAAGCAAAAUCAGGCUUCUUUUAUCUUGAAAUUUAAUUCUUUAGAGGAAAUCUGUUUAAGAUUUGCAAAUAACUGCGAUCCUUUGCUAUCGGAGCAAAGAAAAACCAGUCAAAGGCUCGAAAUUCUCGAAGGCAUAGUAAAUAAGACUGAGAGCCAAACAAUGGACAUACAAUCUAGAGUAAAUAAUAUCACUUCUUCGGGUAUUAAAAAGCUUCAUGGCUCAACAGUUCAACUUUUCAAGGCUCUGGAGCAUUUAGAAAGUAAUUAUGAUAAGACAACUGCUGACAUACGAAGAGAAAUGUCAAAAUUGGACUAUAAUCUUUCGCAGACACAAUCUGAUUUGGAAGAAUUGCGUGACAGACAAAUAGUCUCUGAACAAACUAUGUCAAACAUGAAAAAUGAUAUCUCAAGUGUUGAAACCGAUUCAAAAAGAAAUCAUUUUCGAAUACUCCUUGUGCAAAAUGCUGUGCUAAAUAGGACGCUAGUAGGUAAUCAGAACAGUAAUAUGAUGGCUAUGCAAGACAUUCGGAUAUCUUCUCUGGAAUCUAAAAUAAAAUCCUUGUCAAACAGCGUCGACGCCGGCAGAACAGAACUCGAAUCUCUGCAUCGUCAAGUGAUGGAAAAAGCUGAUGAUCGAGAGCUAUCAAGGUGGGAGAGAACACAGCGAAAAGUCCGAGAAACGAUUUUAGAGCUCAAAGAAGAUUUACCAAAAAUGAAACGACAGCAAGAAAAAAUAGCAGAAGAGUUAGAAUUGUUUGCUCAAGAACUACCUCAAGACUGCUCUGGAAAUUCGACCUUAGAGCAUAUUUUGGAGAAUAAAAGUGGCACAUACCUAAUUCGACCUCCUGCUGAGCUUUCUCACGAAUCUCCUGUGAAAGUUUACUGUGACAUGGAGACGUCGGAUGGCCAAUGGACAGUUAUACAGAGGAGAAUGAAAGGGGAUCAAAAUUUCAACAAAGACUGGAGCUUCUACAAGAAAGGCUUUGGGGAUGUUUCUGGUGGUGAUUUUUGGAUGGGAAAUGACCUUCUUCACGAUCUUACUUCUUCUGAGGAUUAUGCUCUACGUAUUGAUAUUUGGGAUUCUGCGGGACAAUACAAGUACGCUGAAUAUAGUACGUUUCGUGUUCUUCAUGAGUCGGACAGCUACAGGCUGGUGAUCGCAGGAUACCGAGGGAAUGCUAGUGAUGCUAUGACGUACCACAAUGGAAUGGCGUUUAGCACACCAGACAGAGACAACGAUGCUAGUGAAGCCACUCAUUGUGCAGACUUCUAUAAUAGUGGAUGGUGGUAUAACCAUUGUCAAUAUGUUAAUAUAAAUGGCAGGUAUAAUACUGGCAUCACGUGGUACGAUAUUGAUGCACAUGAAUGGUCAGAAUUAAUGAGGGUAGAAAUGAAAAUUAAGCCUCGAAAAUUAGUAUAUAUAUAAAUGUGAACUAGAACCAAGAAAGAUAUUUUUAUUUUAAAUGUAAGCUUAACAAUUCUAGUCUAUAUCACCUCUCGCUAACUGCGAAAUAUACGUAUUAAGUACAUUUCAAUUUAUCAACAGUGCUCAAAGUUUUAUGAUGAAGAACAAAGGAACGAGAACUCAGAAGGACAGAUCGAAAUGAAAGAUUUCGAAUAAAUAAUAAAACCACAGUCAAGAAGGAGUUAAUAUAUUGGCUUUAUUAUUUUAUUACCAAGGUAUUAAUUUAUUUCUGAACAUGUAUAUACGUAGAAUUUUUUCAUUGUUAAAAUAUUUGACAUAUUUUAUGCUUCUUGCAGUAAUAAAUGUAUAUAGACUUUGACAAUAUUCAGAAUGGAUUAUGUAAGGGAAUAAAUUUCCCAAUAAAUAUAUUUCCAUAAAAUCUAUUUCAUUUUUAAAUCUCUUGGUCCUGUUGCUUUAAGCUAUUUAAAUCUAGUCAUGAAUUCUUGUAUGUAUUGUAUAUUUCUAAACUGAAUUUGUAUAACUAAAUGCUAAUAUUAAAUCAUACACUCAUUGAAUUAUUGCACAGAUAAUACAUUUUUAAAGAGCAGAAUAGCUAUUAAGAAACGGUUUUGACGUUUAUUUGAAUGCACUUAGCUUGAAAAGUAAUACAUCAGCUGAAGAAAGAUAAUAAUAUAAUAGUAUUUUUUAUAGAGAUAUUAAUUGUAGAUUAUGUGAUGAAUCCCUUGUGAAGGUCUCGGAAAUUAGAAGCAUUAUUAUCAAAAGGAUGUAGGAAAUUUUUUUCUACUUUUGGUAAAGCACUUAGAUUUUGUCUGUGUUCUUUUCAUUAUUACCAUUAUGGUGAGACUUUUUUUAAUUAUAAACCAAUUUAAUUUGUAUUUAAACUACAGAUGUUAUCUUUUUUUUUUUUUUUUUUACUGAGUCUUAUGCUAAAAUAAAACUGCUGGCAGCUUUAUACAUUGCUAAAGUUACUGAUUUGUUUUUAUUGGGACUAGUUCAAAGAACGUGAAAAAGACAUGUAAAAACAUUUACAAACAAACUAUGUUAACUUUAUGCAUAAAGCGAGAAAUGAAUAUUACAUUUAGAUGCAAGGACACUUUUAGUAAAUGAUUUCUUCAAAAGAAUAUUACAUGUAUACUAUUAUUUACAAAUAAAUCAAGAGAAAAGUUACGAUACUAUUUAAGUUGCAUUAAUGUUUUCUGUUGGCUUUAUUAUUUUUUUUUUAUUUUAAUAUUAAGAACGUCUAGAUUUUCUUAUUUUCAAUGCC